AAGAGUGAAGUUGUGCAAAAAUCAAAAAAAAGGAAAUAAAAAACCAAAAUAUAAAAUCCGGUUUUAAAUAUAUUGCAAUAAAUUAUAAAAAUAAAUAAAUAAAAAACCUGUUAAAAAAAUAUUAACAAUUUAUCAAGAAAAUUUAUUAAAAAUUUAAAAAAUCCCAAAUAAUAUGUUCAAGUUUUGUUUAAGUUAAAAAAAUUUAACAAACAAGAAAAGAAAACUUUGAUUGUUUUAAAUCAUUUUAGGAAUUUUAAUUAAUUUUUUUUUUAUAAGAAAAAAAAAAACUACCAAAAAAUCAUUUAUCAUGUCUACAGACAACAGAGAAGAUGAGUACAGUAAAUUUGUGCCGCAAAAAUUAAAUUAUCAAAUUGUUGCCGCCACGGAUGAAAAAGAUUUGUAUCAGCAAAGAAAGCUUAGCAAUGCGAAUAAUGGCCAUAAAAAACCCGACAGACCCACGGAAAUGCGUGGUAUUUAUCACCAGAUUAUUUCCACCUGCGCUGUUUUAAUUUUAUCCGCCGCCUGUGGCAUGCCCAUUGGCUAUUCGGCUGUAUUAUUGCCCCAACUAUCAGCCUCUAACAAUUUACCCACAAAUUCUACUCCAGAAAUUAUUAUUGAUAUAGAAAUGGGUUCAUGGAUUGCUAGUGUACACAGUUUGGCUACACCUAUAGGUUCAUUUUUAUCGGGACCUAUGGCCGAUUAUAUGGGUAGACGUUCAGCUUUAUUGGUUUCCGUUUUACCCUUAUUCGCUGGCUGGUGUGUGUUGGCCUUGUCACAAUCGUAUCCCAUGUUAAUUGCAGGACGCUUGUUGUGUGGUUUUGCCACGGGCAUUUUGGGAGGACCGGCACAGGUUUAUAUUGCCGAAACUGCUGAACCAAAUCUACGUGGUCUUUUAAUUGGUGCCCCCUUUGUCUCCUACUCUCUGGGUAUCCUAAUAGUUUAUGCUUUGGGAUCUGCUCUGCACUGGAGAGGUGUAGCCUGGUGUGGCAAUAUCUUACCCGCUUUAGCUGCCUUAGCCAUAUUCUUUAUACCCGAGAGUCCGGCCUGGCUACUAAGACACAAUAAAAUUGAAAAAGCCCACAAAGCUUUGACAUUCCUAAGAGGCAACGAGAUCGUAGCACAAAAAGAAAUGAACGAAAUGAAAGAAAGAUUGGACAAGGAACUGGCCACAACCAAAACCAAUGAAAACAUAUUCCAACUGUGCUGUCAAAGGGUGGCCAUUAAACCUCUAGUCAUUGUUAUAACAUUUGCAUUUUUACAAAUUGCCUCCGGCACCUUCAUUGUAGUAUUCUAUGCCAUUGAUAUUAUAUCGGAAUUUGGUGCGGAGUUUGAUACCAGAGCGGCCGCAAUUUGGACCGCUGUAGUGAGAAUGGUGUGUACAGUAAUGUUCUGUGUGAUCUUGUUGUUUGUGAGAAGACGCCGGAUUUUGAUAUUGUCUGGCAUUGGUUCGGGUCUCAGCUGUUUAACCCUGAGUAUUUACAUGUAUGUGCGUGAAGGUCAGCCCAAGAUGGCAGCCGAUGUUAUAGUAGCCGGUGUAUGUUUGCUCAUCUAUAUUUCCUUCAAUACUUCACUGAUGGUAAUGCCGGGCAUUAUGAUAGGUGAACUGUUUCCAGCCAAAAUUCGUGGCCGUACUGCAGGCGCUGUAUUCGCCGCCAUGAAUGUAGCCCUGUUUGCUUUUACAAAAGCCUUCCCGCUCAUACAUUUGUCCAUCAAAAUGAAGGGUGUAUUUAUGAUAUUUGGCGUAGCCAGUUUUGUUGUCUCCAUAUUUAUGUGGCUCUUCCAGCCCGAAACUAAGGGCAGAAGUUUGGAACAAAUUGAAGACUAUUUCAAUGAAAAUAAUUGGCUGUGGUUUAAGAGAGAUAAAAGCUAUAAAAUGGUUGCCUCAAAAGAUAAGGCCAGUAAAGCGUAAGAACUUCAAUAUAAACGUAGUGUACAUAAACCAUUUUAACCUCGCCAUCGUGACCCAGGGCCUCGAAAGUGUCAUAAAAUUCUUCAUAAGCAUUUAGCCAUAUUUAUUUCUUAAAGUAUAAAUACAGUAACUGCUUUAUCCUAAAGAUUAUUUUUAAUUCUUUAAACCUUCUUACUUAAAGCUUAAGAAGGUUUUUUAAGAGGGUUUACAUAACUUAUAUUUUAUUAUAAAAUUUGUAUACCAGGACCUAUUCAUGGAAUUCUUUUUUAAGCAUUUAUGGAAAAUCUUAAUUUGUAUAGUGCAAAAGACAAUUAUAUGUGUAUUAAGCUUUAAAAUAACCAUUUUUAAAUGGUUAUUUUCAAUUAAAUUUAUUUUAUUUAAUUUAAUUUUUUGUAACCAAGUGUGAAAUUGUUUGUGAUCUUUAAAAUUCCAAGAAAAAUAGUUUUAAUAUUUAGUUUUUAAAUAAGUACAUAAGUUAGGCUAAUUUUAAGGUUUAGAUUAAUGAAAAUUAAGUGUUUAAAUAAAAAAAUAUAUAAAACA